CGCCUGGCGCUGACGUGACGUCAUCGGCGCGACAGCCGCGUCCUCUUCCGGUGUGGGCGCCAUCGUCGCAGGAGCUCGGGAUGGGGAAGUUCAUGAAGCCGGGGAAGGUGGUGCUGGUGCUCGCCGGGCGCUACUCGGGCCGCAAGGCCGUCAUCGUGAAGAACAUCGAUGAUGGCACCUCAGACAGGCCCUACAGCCACGCCCUGGUGGCGGGUAUCGACCGGUACCCACGCAAGGUGACUGCUGCCAUGGGCAAGAAGAAGAUCGCCAAGAGGUCCAAGAUCAAGUCCUUUGUCAAGGUUUAUAACUACAACCACCUGAUGCCUACCCGGUAUUCCGUUGACAUUCCUCUGGACAAGACCGUGGUCAAUAAGGAUGUGUUCAGGGACCCCGCACUGAAACGCAAAGCGAGGCGUGAGGCCAAGGUGAAAUUUGAGGAAAGGUACAAGACGGGCAAGAACAAGUGGUUCUUCCAGAAGCUGCGGUUCUGAAGGUCCAGGGGGGGCUCCAAUAAACGCUCUUUAAAAACC